AUGGAAAGGGAGGGGGAGAAACGGGGGAGGGUGUGGGGGAGGGGGGUUGAUGGAGACACAGAGGAAGAAUGUCAGCCUCUGGACUCUGCAGCCAUCCACAUCUGUCUCUGCUGCCACUCUGCUGUCUGCUACUGGGGCUGUCGCUCCAACUGCCUGGGAAACCUGCUGGGGGAGGACACUACUGGAAGGAUUGGGGGUACCAGAGUUGGCGGUGGUAGGGGUUUGAGGGAGACUCGCUGCCCGCCAGAGGAGGGUCUGUGGCUGGACUGUCUCUGGCUGAUCCUGGCUCUCCUUGUCUUCUUCUGGGACGUGGGAACAGACCUACUUCUCGCUGCGGACUACUAUGCCAGACAGGACUAUCUGUGGUUUGGCCUGACGCUCUUCCUGGUGCUGGUGCCGUCGAUAGUAGUUCAGAUCCUGAGCUUCCGCUGGUUCGUCCAGGACUACAGCGGAGAGUGUCUGACCACCUGGCUGGGGACGGUGGACUGCAGCAGGGGAGGAGAGAGAGAAAAGCUGACCAGGCGAGGGCCAGCUGGCCACAGAGGGGUUUAUCCUGGGACAGACCGGGUCAGAGUGGCCUCAGUAUGGCUGUGGCAGAUCACCAUACACAUUCUACAGCUGGGACAGGUCUGGAGGUAUAUCCGUACAUUAUACCUGGGUAUCCAGUCCCACCGUAUGAAGGAGCAUAAGGAGGCUCAGAGGAGGUUCUACUGGGCCAUGAUGUUUGAGUACGCAGACGUCAACAUGCUGAGGCUACUGGAGACCUUCCUGGAGUCAGCUCCUCAACUAGUACUACAGCUCUGCAUUAUGAUACAACAGAACCGUGCUGAGACUCUACAGUGUAUAUCUAGUCUAGGCUCACUUCUGUCUCUAUCCUGGGUGUUGGCCUCGUACCACAAGCUCCUACGUGACUCCAGGGACGACCAGCGCAGUCUGAGUUAUCGCGGUGCCCUCCUCCACCUUCUCUGGCGCCUCCUCACCAUCUCCUCCCGCGUUCUCUCUCUCGCCCUCUUUGCAUCCCUCUUCCACCUGUACUUUGGCAUCUUCGUGGUGCUCCACUGGUGUGGCAUGGCGCUGUGGGUGGUGCAUGGAGGAACAGACUUCUGUAUGUCUCGCUGGGAGGAGGUGCUGUUUAACAUGGUGGUGGGCAUCGUCUACAUCUUCUGUUGGUUCAACGUCAAGGAAGGACACACCAGGGGACGCAUGGUGGCUUACUACUCUGUGGUACUGGCUGAGAAUACACUGCUCACCGGACUGUGGUAUGUGUAUCGUGACCAUGCAGAGACAGACAGCUACGCGGUACCAGCGUUGUGUGGUGUCUACCUGUCCUUUGCAGGUGGAGUACUGGUGAUGCUUCUGUACUAUGGUCUUCUUCACCCCUCACGCACACACCCCACCCCGGCCUCGACCUGGUGUGAUGAGCUGCUGUGGAGUAACCCCCUGCCCCCCUCAGCCCCGCCCACCCCAGGUUACCUGGCUGCCCCGUCCCACAGUGAUGAUGUCAUUGCAGAAGGCUGUCUGCCGGUGUUCCAGGUGCGUUUGGAGCCCCCCACCUCAAGGCGUUUCGAGGGUCCUCUGAUAAAGAUUGACAUGCCCAGAAAACGUUACCCGGCCUGGGACGCUCACUACGUGGACAGACGGCUGCGAAGGACCAUCAACCUACUGCAGUACCUGACGCCUGCAGCCGCAGGCAUACGAUACAGGGACAGACCUCUGCUCUAUGAACUACUGCAGUACGAGUCUUCUUUCUGACACACAUACACACACAUAGACAAACACACAUAUUUACAUGUGCGCACAUGUAACCGAUGUGAAAUGGCUAGCUAUUUAGUGGUGCUCGCUAAUAGUGUUUAAUCGGUGACCUCACCCGCUCUGACCUAGAAGUAGUUGUUUCCCUUGCUAUGCAAGGACCACAGCUUUUGUGGAGUGACAGGUAACGAUGCUUCGAGGGUGACGGUUGUUCAUCUGUUCAGAGGGUCCCUGGUUCGAGCCCAGGUUGGGGCAAGCAGAGGGACGGAAGCGACACUGUUACACACAAAUGGGACUCUUCUCUCUGUUUUUAUCUCAUCUGUGUUUUGUAUUCCUUUUUUUUCUUCCUCACUCUGCUGAGAAGACUGGAUAGUGACAGAAGACAGCAUGUCAUGUUAUUUUCAGGUCUUCAUGAAUAAUACUAAAAGAUAAUAUGAAACUAGAAAAAGAUUGAAUGUAAUAUAAACAGCUGCCUGAAAGCUGUCUCCUAGCUGUGAGUUUAUAUUUUCUUUAGUUUGGUAACUGUGAUUAUAUAUUUCCUUUAGUUUGGCUAACUGUAAGUAUAUAUUUCCUUUCGUUUGGCUAACUGGGUGUGUAUUCGCUUUAGUUUUUAACUGGAUGUGUAUAUAUUUAUAUGUACAGAGAUGUGUGUGUACUGUGUGUGUUGUGACUGAGCUGUGAGUCUGGUAGUCAAUUAUGUUUGCUUGUUUGUCUGCUCAGGAAGGCACAACAUUACAGAACGUUAAGAUAGAUAUGUAUUGUGUAGAACAGAUAAGAUUUUCUGUCAUGUAGAAUAUGGAUAUGUCAUGCUCUUUCUGAUGACCUCAUCCCUGAGGUUGUCAUGUUGACAGAGACCUUUACCUGACUACAUCUGACCAUCCCUCCACCAAUCAACACUAACCCUCCACCGAUCAACUUUAUAUGGUGCAAAUAUAUAUGAAUAUAUAUAUGUGAACUUUAUCUGUUAACUUCAUUUGGUGCAAAUAUAUAUGAACAUAAUAUGAACUUAUUUUUUUGGCAAAUAUAUAUGAACAUAUAUGAACUUCAUAUGGUGCAAAUAUAUAUGAACAUAUAUGAACUUCAUAUGGUGCAAAUGUAUAUGAACAUAUAUGAACUUCAUAUGGUGCAAAUGUAUAUGAACAUAUAUGAACUUCAUAUGGUGCAAAUAUAUAUGAACAUAUAUUAACUUCAUAUGGUGCAAAUAUAUAUGAACAUAUAUGAACUUCAUAUGGUGCAAAUAUAUAUGAACAUAUAUGAACUUCAUAUGGUGCAAAUAUGUAUAAACAUAAUAUGAACUUAUUUUUUGGGCAAAUAUAUAUGAACAUAUAUGAACUUCAUAUGGUGCAAAUAUAUAUGAACUUCAUAUGGUGCAAAUAUAUAUGAACAUAUAUGAACUUCAUAUGAUGCAAAUAUGUAUGAACAUAAUAUGAACUUAUUUUUUGGGCAAAUAUAUAUGAACAUAUAUUAACUUCAUAUGGUGCAAAUAUAUAUGAACAUAUAUGAACUUCAUAUGGUGCAAAUAUAUAUCAACAUAUAUGAACUUCAUAAGGUGCAAAUAUAUAUGAACUUUAUUUAUAAAAGCAAUAAUACACUUGAGCGUAUGCAUUUGGAGUGGACUCAGCGUUCUACAUUUGACCUUAACCUCUCUCUGUUUCUGUUCUGGGUGAAAAGUAACAGCAGGUAAAGGCUCUGAACUUUGUGGCCAAAGUUUGAGAUGCAAUCAGUUCAGAGAUUAGGCUGUAUUGAUCCAGGUUCAUAUCAGAAUCUAGUUUUAUAAAACAUUUAAAGUCAGUCAGUGAGUCAUUCUGACUGGUGGUCAGGACUUCAGUCUGUCAGGCUGAGCUUGAGCCAGCUCUUAUAAGCACAGAGCAGGUUAAAGGUACACUGCAAUAUGACAUCAUCAUACGGGUCAACUUCCUGCUUACAGAAAUCAACAGUAAAAUUAAUUUCUGCCAAGACUUCCACUAUAGGCUCUGUCUAAUGGGGACACGUCUCAAGGGAAGGUACCCAUUGAGAAGAAACAUAUUUGGAAAUCACACUGCUGUGUAGGGAUGAAUAUACGGGAUAAUUCAUAUUUAUCCCGAGAGUCCCAGGAAAUACCCCAAAAAUCUGAAGUGCCCUUUUAAAGUGUUUCAAACCAAGAUAUGGUCACUAUGCCAGGGUUAUCCCCAAAUAAGAGGGGUGCUGUGCCACCUUGUCGGCUUGGCUGUGCCACUACAUAAAGAUUACAGAGAAAAUGAAACUGAUAUUUAGUAAUGAUAGAGUAACUAUCUUUGAUCACCAAUGACAUUGUUGUGAAUUGCGAAACAGGCCGUUCAUAAAUUAUCAAUUCAGAGUAUUUCAGCAAUUGGCCAUCUCGACACAAAGCGUGCUCAGGACGCACAGAGCGCACCCCGAGUAUAGCGUUGUCCAAUCAUACAAACUUUGUAACGGCAAUCAAACAAAAGUCAAAUGACCAAAGUUGCUAAACUUGCUAGAUAUCUCCUAUAUUUAGCAAAAUCGAGUUGAUGAUUAUACAGACAGCUCAUGAAUAACGGGCAGAUGACAAGUGGAAAUAAUUUAAUUAUCAAGGUAUCUUAACAUGGGCCUACUCUGCUUUGAAAAUAUCCAUAUCUACUCUCAUACCGUUUGUUGAUCACACACACUCUACCGAAGCUCUCAUAUGGGCAGCAAGUACAAGAUAGCACAGAGAAGCGGGGGAAAUGUUAUAGGGCUAUUUUGACAUGCAUAGGCGAGAGAUGUGCUUUGAUAAUGCAACUUAUGGUUCAGAAUAAAGUUCGGAAUUUUCACGUGAGUCAGGAUUUUGGGUUUCAGUGGGAUUGGGAAUGGAUAGGAAAACAGCCUAGGCUCUAGGACAGGAGAAGAUAGCAUUUUCCCUCACGCCUCUCUGACUUCAUGUCUGUGACAGAGAUUCCCAUGUAGUGAAUUGUGCAUAAGCCUAUCAAAUGUGACUGUCUGAAGAGUCACAAUGACAGCUCAAAGAGGCAGAUGUUAUUUUAUAGCCUAUACUGUAGGGCUUUCCUGUAGGGUUUAUUAACUGCAUUCAGGUCACAUGUGCAGUCCGGCAGUGUCAGUUAUGUGUGUACUUUGAAUUUAUAGCAACUUUGUGUGAAGUAAAUACACAAGGCUUCCAUGAAACAACCUGUUUGGAUAAUGUGCUAUUAUUUAUUUUUGUAUAAUCUGCUGCCGCGCAUGUUGUGCAUUUUGUGGAAUUGCAUUAGUGUGACAUUGGGGAAAAAUGUUUUAAUUUCUCGGGUCUUGUCAUUUUAUCUUUUCGGCACAGUCCCGGGAUCCCGGUUACCCAUGUAAAUUCCUACCACUGUGUAUUAUGAUGAUGUCAUAUUGUUGAGUCUACCUUUAACCAAACUUAACAUGGAUGUAUUGUACAGGUAUGAUAUAGAAGUUAUGACAUGAUAAGUCAUUAUUUCCUUUGAACUCACGAGACCCCCUUGAAAACUAAUUAGUUGGGUUCAUCUCAAGGAGUUUAAAACUUCUUAAGGAUCGGACCCUUUUUUUCAAUUUUCGCCUAAAAUGACAUACCCAAAUCUAACUGCCUGUAGCUCA